AUGAUGGUCUCUGUUUUUGCAAUUUUUGGACUCACAGCCGCUUUUCCAAAGAAAUUAAGGUUCGAAGAGAACCAGCAGAAACUUAGCCCAGCUGACGAUUGUGGUCACGUGGUCCUUAGAGAAAACAGCUCUUCUGGAUUCAUCGAGACCUCACACUAUUUCAUUCGAGAGGGGGAAGAUAGAUUGAAGUGCAAAUGGGAUGUAAAAACAAAUUGCCACGGAGGACUUUUUAAAUGGCGAUUUGAUCAGUUUGAUACCAAAGACCGAUCAAACGAAGUCCUGUACGAUUCUAUCUUCGAGACUCAAAACUCGAAAUCCCCAGCGACCUCAGAAUCAGAAUCAUUUUGCGAAUCUGAUUUUGUCAACCUGCAUUUCAUCGAAAACAAAAUUUACAACUUAUGCUCUCAAAAUGAAAUCAAGGAAGAAAACACAACCGACCCGAGAGAUUUUUCUAAAUGGAAAGUCGCGUUUGGAAAGAGCUUCAAAAUCGACUUUCAGACGAGCCAUUUAGUCUAUGGAUUCAAGCUCUCGUGGGAAUGUGUUUAA